GCCUCCUCCGCGCCGGCCUGCUCAUAGGGGCGUGGCGUCGCUCACCUCCGGGAGAGGAAGUGGAGUUCCUCCCGAGAGAGUCCGCUUCCGGCCAAGCAUUUCUCGCUUCGCGGGAGGGUCGCUUCUCCCCUGUGGCCUUUUUCUGCGCGACCGCGCGCUGCCGUUUCCGCCAUGGCGGACGCUGAGCUGACGGCGGCCGGGCGGUCGCUCACUGAAGACGAAAUGGCGGAGGUGAAGAAGGAAGUUUUAGAACGAUUACGUCGGUAUCUGUGUGACAAAAUAAUUGCAGAAAGACACUUUGACUAUCUACGUUCAAAGAAAAUACUGAGUAGAGAGGACACUGAAGAAAUCUCUUGUCGAACCUCAAGUAGAAAAAAGGCCGGGAAACUGCUGGAUUAUUUAGCAGAACAUCCAAAAGGACUAGAUGCAUUGAUAGAAUCUAUAAAAUGUGAAAAAACACAGAACUUCCUGUUAGAAAAAAUAACUGAUGCUGUCUUGAAAGCAAAAAAUGAAAAACUUGAAAGCCUUAAAGGAACAGGCUGUAACAACUGCAUGGCUUCAGUAUGUGAGCAACCAAACAAUCUCUCUAGGUCGCAGUCAAACGAAUCUAAUCUCUCUGAAAAACAAAGAGACAGAGAAAACACCUACCUUCAUCCAGAAGAAUACAGUACAGCUGCUUUUGUAUCUGCCUCUUCUCUUUGUUCAAUGAAUUUGCCUAUUACAGAGGUUGGAAAUAUGGAAAAUUCAGUUUUCUCUACUCUUCCGGGACCUGGAGAUCCUGGAGCGCCUCCUAUUCCAACAGAAUUGCAGAAUGAACAAGAGGAAAUAUCUACCACUUCCAGUGACAAUCCCUUUCUACCAUUACGAUCCCGCUCACUUCUUCCAUAGUGGUUGUUUUUAUUGAUUAAUUUUAAAAGGGUAAUAUUAUGUUGGAUGUUGCCUUAUGUAGUUUUGCAAAAAAAUGUUUCUAAGUAGCCAGUUUACUAAGAGAAUGCUGAGUAAUUCAUUUUAAAAAUUGCUUAUUAUUCCUGAUUGCAUUACUUUUUAAAACUGAAAGUGUUUUCCAUAAAUGUUCAUAUUUCACUAAUCAUCAAGCUGCUUGUAUUGAAUUGUGCAAAUUAUAAUACAGUCCUGUACUUGUAUAUUCAGAAGUAAGCCCCACUGAUUUCAGUGGGAUUUACAGGUAAGUGAACAGAGGCAUUUAAAACAAAUCUUGCUCUAUUGAAAAACAAUACAGGAAAAUGAAUAAUUAAAAAGAUUUAAUAUUUAUAAA